CUCAGGCCUUUACAAGCUUGCACAUUCCAAGCUCUUGGUUCUUCUCUCCACCAAUCUUGGGUGUUUCUUAACAAAAAAGCACAUCGUCGACCCUCGUUCAUUUUUAUAAAACAAUUGCCCUUGUUGCUUGUUAUUUACAAAGACGACCUUCUAUUCAAUACUCUUGGUAUACCUCGAGUUUCUUUAUCCCCUCCUUUUUUUUCGCCUGACGCCAACUUAUGACUACUUGAAGACAUACGACCGAAGUAUUUGUUUUCUCCCUCGGCCCAGGCAAUUCCACGAAACUCGAUUUAAGACAUCCGAAGACUGGUAUUGAACAUACGACUCAGGCCAUACUCCCUCACGAAUUUUACUAUUUUACAGCUGGCUGUUUAACUUCUCUUCUUUCACACACAUUCGCGGCUGGUCGAGUUGAACUCGUUUACGUACCGUUUAUACAUAUGUGUUCUAUACCAUACAACAUUUAGGGCAACCAUUCUUUAAGAAAGUACAUGACGAUUACCUCAUCCUAAUCUAAGGAAAUAAAAAGAAGAAAAGAAAAAGAAAAUGGCUGGAGAAGGGAAACAAGAUCCCGGUCAGGGACAGGCUGCAGGCUGGACACCGGCAAUGGAAAAUGCGGCGCUCUCGAUGUAUCUACUAUACAUCUGUGCUGCGGUCUCGGGUGCUGUUAUAGUAUGGCGACUUGCGACAGCUGUGCUCACAUACAUCCGAACGGUCACGAAUUUGACGAACGAUACACAACGAUAUUUCGUACGCCCUUCAGCGAAUUUCGCAUGGAUCAAGAAGAAUCUUCUUUACGCCCCUCUGUUCAGGAAGCGCCACAACCGAGAAUUUCAACUUAGCAGCGCAGUCAAUGUUGGAACUCUACCCACGCGAUUCCAAUUUCUCUUCCUAGCUGGUUAUUUCGCUACUAACAUUGCCUUCUGUGUUAUCAACAUCCCUUUUGCGGGAAGUUACACAGAUGCAUGCAAACAGCUAAGGAAUCGAAGUGGAACAUUGGCUGUAGUCAACAUGAUUCCCCUAUUUUUCAUGGCUGGUCGAAACAACCCUUUGAUCGGUCUCCUCGGUAUCUCAUUCGACACAUUUAACCUGCUCCACCGUUGGUUUGGCCGUAUCGUGGUGCUUGAGGCAGUAUGCCACACUUUUGCUUUUUGGGCUGCCUCGGCUGCGUCUGGAGGUUGGUCAGCCGCCCUGAAUACCACAGUAACGAAACCGUUCAUGAUGUAUGGCUUUAUUGCCACUCUCGCUUUCGUUGUGAUAUUCUUCCAGGCUGCCAGCAUUUCAAGACAUGCCUAUUAUGAAUCGUUCAAGAUUCUACACAUCAUUCUCGCCGCACUCGCAAUUGUCGGCCUGUAUUACCACCUUUCAUUAAUAAAGCUUCCUCAGGUGCAAUUGCUAUUUUCAAUCAUCCCUAUUUGGGUUGGCGAUCGCAUCUUCCGUUUCAUCAGUGUUGCGUACCGCAACUUCGGUAAGGGAGGAACUAAGACGCUAGUAGAGGCGCUUCCCGGAAAUGCUGUUCGAUUAACAGUGACAAUGGCCCGACCAUGGACUUUCCGUCCUGGCCAGCAUGCAUACUUAUACCUGCCCUCUAUUAGCUUCUGGCAAUCUCACCCUUUCUCUCUAGCAUGGAGCGAGGAGGCUGAAGAUUUGAACGGAGACAAAUUGGCUAUGAACCGACAAGAUGUGCUUGCUAUGCGCAAGACAAGCAUGUCGUUUGUUAUCCGAGGACGAACAGGAAUGACGCACACACUAUACCAAAAAGCCGCAGCGCGCCCCGAUGGUCGAUUUUUGACAACAUGUCUCGUCGAGGGUCCGUAUGGUGGACAACACAUGAUGCACUCGUACGGCACUGUGAUGUUGUUCGCUGGUGGUGUUGGUGUUACGCACGCAGUACCCCAUGUACGAGAUCUAGUAACGGGUUACGCAAACAACACAAUAGCCACACGGAAAGUGGUGCUUGUGUGGAUUAUCCAGAGCCCAGAGCAUCUCGAGUGGAUUCGACCAUGGAUGACGGAGAUCCUCGCCAUGGACAAGCGACGCGACGUUCUCCGCAUUAUGCUAUUCGUUAGCAGACCGCGGUCGACUAAGGAAAUCCACAGUCCAUCCUCAACAGUCCAAAUGUUCCCCGGCAGGCCCAACAUCGACACAUUAAUAUCGAUGGAGGCGGAACAACAGGUUGGAACUAUGGGCGUGUCUGUCUGCGGGCCUGGUGCUCUCAGCGACGAGGUCAGACAAGCAGUGCGUAAUAAGCAAUUCGGCACUAGCAUCGACUUCAUCGAGGAGGCUUUCUCAUGGUAGAGGAAGUGUAUCAUUAUCAUCACUCACUUCUCGGCGCAUGUAUUUGCUGGGUUAAGGGACACCAAAACCAACUAUAUCAAAGGGGUCCGGAUUUAUUUUGUAGAGUGUGGCUGCUCUCUGUUCGAUUGUGCAUAUUUUUCUUCCAUUUUCCUAAGACCGUCUGUGUGUGACAGUUUCUUGUAGAUAGUUCUUUCAUUGUUAGAUACGUCGGCCUGACACCUCUGAUAGCCCUGACCGGAUACAUCGAGAAUACGAUAUGAGUUGCGAGACCUGUUAAUGUUUUUGAGAUGCAUAGUGAUCCUAAAUGUGUGGUAUGGUAACAAAGGGAUUUGUCUUAUAAAGGCCGCAUCCAGUCCGGUUACCUAUUGUAAGUUUUAGCAAGUGGCUUUGAUGUAGGUCUCGUCGUUGUGAUCAUGUCUUAGUCAAAAUAUUGUUCUGGUAUUGUCGGCUGUGGUCUAGAUCAAUUAGCUAAAGGUUUACGCUAUGCCCUUCUGAACAUUGUACGAAUUCAGAGGCUAGCGAUAGAAAAUGGCCUCGGAAUACCACGUAAGAUUAGGUGUGCUAGGUGUGUUACACACCCGCAGUACGCUAAAUUAAGGUGGCACCAAUGAUGAUGCU